UCGGCUUCCGUAGGCCGCCGCGGUUCUCCUUCCGCCUCGUCGGCGCUGACUGGCCGGACGGGGCCGAGAAUGGCGGCGGAGCGGCUGAGCUGGUGGGAGCGCCCCGAGCGGCCCUUGGCGCCUCUCAGCGAGCGGCAGCGGGACUCGGUGCUGGAAUUGCGCGGGGCCUCGCCGGGGCUGCCCCUCCCGCCCGAGCUACCCAUAGAAGAUUUAAAUAGCCUUGUCCAGCCAUCAUUAACAGUCACACUGACAGCCACAGUGCCAGAGUCUACAGAGAACAUUCUUUUGAAAGGAUUCUCUUCUUUUGGUAUGGAAAAUGAAAGAAUUGAAACGGCGCAGCAGUUCUUCUCGUGGUUUGAUCAACUUCAUACACAGAUGGAUCAAGAUGAGGAGACCAAAUACCAGCUGGCCAGGGCAGCUUAUUCUGGAUUCGAAGAGCAGUGUGAUGCCAUACUGAAUGAUGUGAAUUGUGCUCUCCAGCACCUUAAGUCACUGCAGGAACAAUACCUCUUUGUCUCAACCAAAACAGGAACUCUGCACGAAGCCUGCGAGCAGCUGCUAAAAGAGCAGUCGGAGCUCGUGGACAUGGCAGAAAAUGUCCAUCAGAAACUGUCCUACUUCAUUGAACUGGAAAAUAUUAAUACAAAACUGAAUUCACCUACGCUGUCUGUCAGUAGUGAAAGUUUCAUCCCGAUGCUGAACAAGCUGGAUGACUGCAUAGCCUACGUUUCCUCCCAUCCAAAUUUUAGGGACUACGCUGUAUAUUUGGCAAAGUGCAACCAGUGUCUUUCUAGAGCGGUGCAUCUUAUGAAAACAUACACGGUGAACACCCUGCAGGGCCUCACAAAUCAGUUGAUGAAAAGGGAUCCUUUGAUGGCUCCAAAUUCAGACAACGCCUUUACUUUGUUCUAUCUGAAGUUCAGAGCUGCUGCGCCCAAAGUCAGGACACUUUUUGAACAAAUCGAGCAGCGAUCUGAGAAAAUGCCAGAAUACCGGCAACUAUUAAAUGAAAUCCACCACUGUUACCUCAAUCAGAGAGAACACUUGUUGGGGCCUAGUAUUACUAGCACUGUCACAGAAUUAACUAACCGAAACAACAGAGAUCAUUGUGCUCUGGUGCGAAGUGGCUGUGCCUUCAUGGUCCAUGUUUGCCAAGAUGAACAUCAGCUCUUUGACGAGUUCUUCACAAAACCAACACCCAAAUUGGAUGAGCUGUUGGAAAAGCUGUGCGUGUCUUUAUAUGACGUCUUCAGGCCACUCAUCAUCCACGUCAUUCAUUUGGAAACUUUGUCUGAGCUCUGCGGGAUCCUUAAAAAUGAAAUGUUAGAAGACCACGUGCAAAACAAUGUGAAACACCUGGGCGCUUUUGCUGCUGGAGUGAAGCAGAUGUUGGAGGAUGUUCAAGAGCGUCUGGUUUACAGGACGCACAUCUACAUUCAGACGGAUAUUAUGGGCUAUAAGCCUGCCCCCGGGGACCUGGCCUAUCCUGCCAAGUUGGAGAUGAUGGAGCAAAUUGCCCAGAGCUUAAAAGAGGAAGAGAGGAAGUGGCCUGCAGAGGCUUCCUUGCCGGCUGCAAAGCAGGAAGAUCCAGACAGCUGCAGCGAGGUAAAACUUGAUACGCUGGAGCCUUGCAGUCCUAGAGCCCAUCACUCCGUGUCCCCUGCGGAUCUCCAUGGGAUGUGGUACCCCACCGUCAGGAGGACCCUGGUCUGCCUCUCCAAGCUCUACAGGUGCAUUGAUGGAACCAUCUUCCAAGGGUUGUCGCAGGAGGCUCUGUCGGCCUGUGUACAGUCCUUGUUGGUGGCUGCAGAUUCCAUUGCUAAAAGCAAGACUCAAAUCGACGGACAGCUUUUUCUAAUAAAGCACCUGCUGAUUCUCCGUGAGCAAAUUGCCCCCUUCCACACUGAAUUCACAAUUAAGGAAAUUUCGCUGGAUCUGAAGAGGACCAGAGAUGCUGCCUUUAAAAUCCUGAACCCCAUGACGGUCCCCCACUUCUUCAGACUAAAUAGCCACAACGCCAUCAUCCAGUUCUUACUGGAGGGCACGCCGGAGAUAAGAGAGCAUUAUAUCGACUCGAAGAAGGACGUGGACCGGCACCUGAAGCUGGCUUGUGAGCAGUUCAUUCAACAGCAGACGAAGCAGCUCGUUGAGCCCCUGCAGGAAUUUCUGUCAAAGGUUUCAGCCUUGACUGCAGUGGCUUCUCAGAGGGGUCCCAAGUACAAUCUCUCGCAGCAGCCUUGGGCACAACCAGUGAAGAUAAAUGACUUGGUGUCAUCAACCUACAGGAGAAUAAAAACAAAGCUGCCAUCAACCUUACAGAGCAUGUCGCUUUAUUUGUCCAACAAGGACACCGAGUUCAUCCUCUUCAAGCCCGUGAGGAACAAUAUCCAGCAAGUGUUUCAAAAGCUCCAUGCCGUCUUAAAAGAAGAAUUUAGUAAUGAAGAUCUCCAGAUUAUAGCUUGUCCAUCAAUGGAACAGGUCAAUCUCCUUUUGUCAGUAACAAAGUAGUCACCUGGUAGCCAAACCGCACAGCGCUGCUUCAUGCCGUCCAGAGUGGUUGGAGUCGGAACCACCUGGCUGCCCUUCGAAUGGCUUUUGCCUCUGUGCAUCCAACCUCUCAUCCCUCCAAGGAGGUGAAGAGCCACUGAGGCUGUUC